CGUCACUGGUCGCGCGUCGUGACGUCAUCCAGUUAGGCCUGGCGCUCUCCGCUGACUUGGAAGUUUGGUGUACAGCAGACACCAAAAACACAGGAAGAAGGCUGCUCCCUCCAAACUCAGCGUCAUCCAUCACUGAGAAGCACUUUGGAGGUUGUGCAGUGUCACAGCGAGCUGUGAAGGCUGAGCAAUGCCAAGGUCACGGUCAAAGUCCAGGUCCUCACGAUCCAGAUCGGGGUCAAGGUCAUGGUCAAAUUCCCGAAAGAAAAAGCACCGGUCUCGAUCCAGGUCCUACUCGUCGGACCGUGAGCACAAGCACUACCAUCACUACCAGGAGCACCACUAUGGCCGCGGGCGCUUCCCACGACGGCCCUUCCAGCCCGGGCGUGGCCGCGGCUUUGGACGCGGUGCUCCGAGGCUCUUCCGCGGGCAGAACAUGUUCCGCCUGCCCAGCUCGCGCUCGUACCACUACCACUCACGCUCGCGUUCCCGCUCGCGCUCCCCACGCUACCACCGCUCGCACGACCGCAAGCAGCGCUCUUCCUCGCCGCCCCCCAAGAUCCCCGUGCCGCAAAAAAAGCAUCAAUUGCAACAGCACCAACUGCAACAGCAACAGCAGCAGCAGCCGCCACAGCAGGCCAGAGGACGGUCGUCACCGGAAGUUGCCACCAAGGGCAAGCCCGGUGCGCCAACCAAGCAUCGGAAAAAGUCGGAGCGCCAUUCGGAGCGAGUGAAAGGCACCAAAGGAAGAAUUGUGCACGAGAAACCGCUGACGGUAGAGCCCGCCGAAGAGUUCCCUACCCACAAGGAGGCCCUAGAUGAGGGCUAUGGUGAGGAGGGUGGCCUGGAGGCAUUUGAGUCGUCCGGCGACUUUGAGCAACGGGGCCGCUCGGCGUUGGCGGUGGCUAAGUCAAAGGCUCGCUGGCAGGUAUCGCCCGGCAGGGAGAGGGCGGGAGCUCGGGGCGAUGGCGCUGAACACGGGCCGCCUGGCUCAGCCGCCGCUGCAUCUCCAAACAGGAACCCUGAGCGACGCCACCGCCGCCGCCACCGCCCCACAACGCCGGAUCGCGGCAGGGAUGGGCCCCGAGGCCACGGCGCAGAAGGUUCGGCCGAGAAGGCCGACAUCGUGACGCGCAGCCCGCUGCGUUGCAGCCUUGAUGGCGUGGGUCUCUCUGGCCUGUCCGUGGGACGAGCCGAAAAGUCGCCUCCGUUCCCUAAAAGGACGAGUUGCUUAUUCCCCAGUGACCGUCAGCUUUCCGUUGACCUGGUGAAAGCUCGCAAAAAGAAGGAUUCCAAAAAGAAAAAGAAGGGCGAAGAAAAAGAGUUUCGCUCCAUUUUCGAUCACAUCCAGCACGAUACAGCCAAAUUGCGAGAGAAGAGCCCAGUGGAAACAUUUGCCCAGCACAUAGUCAGCCUGGUGCACCAUGUCAAAGAGCGAAAGUUCAAGCCGUCUGACGUGACGCUGAGUGAACGGUUUGCACGGGCCCAAGAGGAGGCCGGGGAGGAAACUCGAAAAAAGAAGAAAAGCCCCGAGAUCCAUAGGCGCAUUGAUAUUUCACCACGUACCAUAAAGCCACGGACACACACAGACGCGCACAGCAGGGAGAGCAGCCCGGGGGGGCAGGCGGAGGAGGAGAUGAACAGAAACCCGGAGGACCUCCGCUAUGACCUGGAGCGACGCAGGAAGGAGCGCAGCGACGAGCCAGAGUAUUGGAGGGAGGGGAGCGAGGAGCACCACAACUACCGGCCGCGUGAGCGAUCCCGCUCCUACUCCCCGGGGAAUGAGCCACAUGAUCACCAUGAUCACCAUGAUCACCAUGAUCCCCAUGAGCCCCAUGAGCCACCGUACGGACCCGGUGGCUUCGACAAAUCCCGUCUCGGAAACAAGCCUUAUUUUUUCAACCGUGGAAACUUCCGUGCCCGCCCGCCCUUCCAUUACCGCGGCCAAUUCCGUGGGCAGUACCGUGGCCGCAGUAACUAUUACAACAACAACAACUACAACAAUAGCAACUACGCUGGUGGUGGUGGUGGCGGAUAUCACAGCGGUGGCCACCACAGCGAGGGUUACAACGAAGGCCACGGUGGGGGUGGCGGUGGCGGUGGCGGCGGCGGCGGCCCUCCUCCCUACGGUGGCCCCGGUUGGGGGUCGGGCUCCGGCGCCGGCUGGAGUGGCCAGGGCACCCAUGGCUACCAGACCUUCCCACAGCGCCGCCCCCCCGAGGAGGAGUGGGACCCAGAAUACACGCCUAAGAGCAAGAAGUACUUCCUGCAUGACGAUCGCGACGAGCGCGAGGAGGACGGGCACUGGGGGCGGCGCCCGCGUGCACGCGGCUUCUUCCCGCGGGGCGCGCGAGGCCGCCCGUGGCACCGGCCCGGGGACAGCCCCGUGUGGACGCACGACAAAUACGAGGUCAGCGACGAUGAGGACGACAACAACGACAACGAGGGCGCCGGCGGCACGAGCGACGCGCCCAGCGACGCCGCAGCCACUACCACCACGACCAGCGGCGGUGGUGCCCCUGACAAGGAGCAGCAACCCAGUGAAUCAAUGGACAAGUAGCAGUGCAGGCAAGGCAAUGUCAUCACCACAGCUGACUUGGGGUGCCUUGUCACUGCAGCCCUGAGGCUUGGGCUUGGCGGAUCUCGAGGAAAUGGGAUUGUCGUUGCUGUGUUGUGCCUAGAUUGCUGGUCUGUGUUCCAGCACAGCCACCUGUGGUUGUGUGUAAUGUAUCUCUGUGAGGUGUGUUUCUUUGUGCUGUUUGUAUGUGUUUGUGUGUGCCUUUGUAUUUGUGUGUCUGUGCGUGUGGUGUUUUGAGGGAGGUACAAACCUAAGAAUGCAACUGAACAGCUAUUUCAUAGGUAAAACAUCACCUUUCCAACAAUAGAAAAAGAAUGUUUUAUUCGGAAAGAUGUCUGAAUAUAUUAAAACCUGGCUUUGAGGCAGCAAUGGCUAUCUUAACAAAAGCAAACAUACACACAAAAUCUUUCCACUUGUAAAAUUAGCUGAUUGACACUAUUUUACAAAUUACUCCACGAGAGAACGGUGAUAAUGUGGGUAUGUGUGUUUUUGUUUUAAAGCGCUGCUGAUAAUCAUAGUUGGCAGAGCAUUAACGGUGAUAUGUGUGUUGGGCAUCCGAACGCAUCGCUCGUGCUGACGAUUCUCAGCCGGCGAAUCAAAUGCCGGCACUUGGCUCUGCAGUGGGCGAUGACAGCGCGCGGGGCGAGAUGGGCGUACGGUAACGUAAGUGUCCCCUUCGGCCACUUGGCUGUGCGCGCGUGUCGGCAACAUUAUCGUUAUCGUCUGGCGAUUACAGCCAAUGUUGCCACUACGAGUGUGAGCGAGCGGUGAGGCAUAAUGUAGUUGCAUCAUGUGGUAUCGCGCUUUUUUGCUGCACCCGCUGCCAAAUGUAGGAGUAGGGUCAAUAGGUGAAUAUAACCCUCCCACCCCUUAUGGUUUUGUACAUGCUCCAUGGGUUUUGCACAUUUUGCAUUCGUUUAUAGGCCCGAAGAGAUAUUUUCGAGCAUUGGCUUGGACCGAGUAAAAUAUUCCUUGUCAACUUCGUUUACCUUUUUAAACGAUUACUGCUUGUAUGACCGACAGCGUUUAAUAUUGGUAAUGGCAGUGGAUUUUUAAAGUGUGCCUGCACUCAAGUUGGUGUUUUUAGGAGAGGAAAACAUGUGCAUUCCAGUCUCUCAUAUGGGCACUGUCGGGCAUUGUACUGGCUGAACAGGGCUCUGUUGUGCAUGUGGAUCCCAACACACUUGUUUUCUCACAGUAACGUUAAAACCGCCGAUUAAAUUGUGAAUAACGGCCCUCGUUCAAAUCUAGACUUAAAGCUUUCGUGACUGCAGGAAUUCGUAUUCUUGGGUCUUUCGGUAAAGUCACUUAGAUAUUUUCUUUGAACCUAUCUACGUGACUUUACCGAAAGAACCAAGAAUAUGGCCUCGUUCAUUUGUAACAAUGCAUGUUUGACUUACAUGCGCUUCUACGAAGUGUGGCUUUCAGGAACUAAUCGUUUGGCUUUUAUUUUUAUUUUGAGAGUUUAACAAUUGCAAGCCACUUGUUCCAAAAGAACUCCUCAAAUGCCUUUGAGCUCUAUCAGGAUGCUCAUCUCCUUGAAGCAUUGAGCCAGUUGUGGAAAUUCCAUAUUCCGAUGAUGAGAGCAAGUCUAUCCAUAGAGCAGCCGCUUGACUUCCCCAUAAAGUGGGCUGAGUCAACCCCUCAACUGGGAUUUGAACCCAUAACCUUUUGAUUGCGAGCCGAUGGCUCUACCGCUGAGCCACCAGGUCGUAUAAUACAAUUUUAUUACGGUUGAAGAGAGCAUUAGUGGAUUUAAAGAGCUACUUGCCACAUCGCCUCGACCAUAACCCAUCUCGCGCUUUGCUUAUCUGCCAGAGACGGGAAACCACAGUGGUUUACGGACCUUACUAAUCUCUCACCUCUGUCGCUUAACCCACUAUGACAUGAGCAAGUUAAAGAAACCUGUUCAUCCACCGAGUAUUUAACUGCCAGCAUGUGCUUAAUUUGCCAUUCUGUCGGGUCGUGCUUCUUCAAAGGUUUUGUGUCGUCCAUGCUCCGCUGAUGCUCGUAUGAAUCCUUAACCAAAACGUUUAACAUUCUUUUGAUUUAUUUGGUAAUUUGGUGCAACGGUGAAGUGUUUUUGAAGGGAGACAAAAAAGUUGCGUCCUUUUUUUUGUUUGAAAUUAAACAGUUGUUUAAGAAAAAUAAAAUAUACAUAUAUAAGCUAA